AUGGUGCCAGUUGCGAUUGAAGGAUGCAAUCAGGGGACCGAAGGUGGAGGACCCCGUGGUGGAUCUAUUUCUUUGGGACUGCUAAUAGAUUUUAUAGUUCAAAGAACUUAUGACGAACUUACUGUAUUGGCGGAACUGUUACCUCGCAAAACAGAUAUGGAACGAAAGAUCGAAAUCUACAAAUUCAGUGCCAGAACAAGGCAACUGUUUGUUCGUUUAUUGGCUUUAGUGAAGUGGGCAAGCAGCGCUACAAAAGUUGAUAGAUCAGCUCAUAUUAUGGCUUUCUUGGAUAAACAGGCUCUCUUAUUUGUUGAAACAGCAGAUGUGCUAGCGCGAGUUGCAAGAGAGACUUUGGUUCAUGCAAGAUUGCCAACAUUCCACAUGGCUGCAGCAGUGGAAGUGCUCACUCUUGGCACGUACAGUCGUUUGCCAGCCGUCAUCCGUGAACGAUUGGUACCACCGCCGCCGCUCACACCCGCGGAAAGACGUUCAACAUUAAGAGCACUCGCACAUGUUGUUCGACAAAGACUGACCACAGCUUCACUGCCCAGCGAUGUUAGGAACUUGAAGGUAGUUGAAAAUGGAAGAGCUACAUUCACUGUAGGUCAAGAGUUCAGUGUUUCAUUGACGGUUAUGGGUGAUGCACCAAAUGUGCCUUGGCGUUUAUUAGAUAUUGCUAUAUUAAUACAAGAUAAUGAAACUGGAGAGGGAAAGCCAUUAGUACAUACGUCCCAAUUGAACUGGCUACGUGGAGUCGCUCAGGCGAGGCUGGCGGCUGCGGGUCUCAGUGGCGCAUUAACAGCCCUACGUUUCUUCUGUAGAUCACUCUCUCUGGAACUGCUAUAUACACAGACAUUAAGAUUAUGCCGCGACCGAUUGGCCCGACAUCUCCAAGUGGAUAGAUAUAUACCUGGACAAAAGUUACAGGUUUCAUAUUGGAGGGAGUUGGGUUGUGAGCUGGGUUACCGUCUGAUCGUGGGUGCGGAGGGAGAGUCUCUGUGCGUGUGGCACGUGCCGGCGCUGGCGGGCGGCGAGCGUGUGGCGGCCGCGCUCACACCGCACGCACCCUCCAUGGAGCGGCUCCUCGCUCACACCGUACACGUGCGAUCGAGACAGAGACUUAAUGAUCUCAAAGUUCUACUCAAUGAUCUUGGGGUUGAAUGUUCUGUGGGCGGCUGGCCGUGUUCCCUGGCGUGUUCAGUGGUGGCGCCAUGUCUUCGUGCAGAACAGCUCCUGGUGUCUGUGGGGGCUCACGGCGGUCGCCUUAGAGCGCGUGUCCCCGCGUACCCCGCUACACCUCGUAUGCCUGAACUAGCGGCCGCGCUAGCUGCCACGGACAGAACUCUUGUUAGACAACUAUUGACUCAACUGAGGUUUUGGUUGGUGGCCCGGCGAUGUGAGAAGUCCCUACAACACCUGCCAGCCAGUGUGUGUGAACAUCUACCGUUCCUGCACGGACCUGACCACCCUCUCAAUAAACUAUCGCCAGACAGACUAUACGUCACCUUACAUAGACAUACGGAUCACAUACUAGUAGUGGAGAUGAAGGAGGUUGCAGCAGGAGGCACGGCUACCACCAGUUGCAGCAGCAACACCGGCAGCGCCUGUAGUGUGGCGCUGGCCUUCCAUCUGGCCGGAGUGAGGAGGUGUACUCCCGACGAGUGCGAAGAUGAGUCAUCUGGUACUACGUCCAACACGCCGGCCACAGCACGUGCUUACCUCAAGUUACACUCACUGGUCGAGUUGGACACCUUCACGUUAACCCAUGGGCCCUUCACACCUCUCGACACUCCAGGUAUGCAGCCUGGGAAACGUAAGUUGUCUGGUUCCAACAGCCGUUCAGUUCGCGUCCGUCAGCCAGCAUACUUUUUACCGGAAUUGGCUCAUGUCGUGGCCGCCGCAGACGAGAGAGUGCCUUUCGUGAAUCUGGCGCAGGAGUUGGCUGCCCGCGGCGUGACUCACGGUGGUGUCCAAGCGGAGUGGUCGGGCAGUGCUCUGGGUAUGCGUAUAGUGUCGUUACCGCGGCCCGAGGGCGCCAGCAGUGAAGCCGCCGCGGCGUUACGAGCGAGACUGUUGGCGGCCACCGUCCGCCUCACCACCAAGAACCAGGCACGAGUAUGGACCGCUGAGAUCGUGUUCCACGGCUCGCCUGUACCCACACCCAAUCCUAAAGAACAAGGUGAACGUCGCUGUGUUUAUUUGCAAUACGAGCUCGGUACGGACGCCGGUCGUACUGCCGAUGCAUUCCUCGCGGACUGGGCGUCCAUAGUACAUUUACACACACUACUACAUGACUUCAUGCUGCGACCCGUACAAGAGCGUGAGAGCGUAUGGCAGGGCGUGUGUAUAAGGUCGUACACGUACCGGUCGCUGGUACUAGGUUUCGGUCCGGCUCAGCGCGCCACGGCCGUGCUGCAGUGGAGCGCCGCCAGCCAGCGGUACACGGUCGCCACGCCCGCACACCAGCCCGCAGCCAACGCUCACCAUUUACUGCAUCACCACCUCGACCAUUACCUCAACUGGCACAAGGAUUUAAUGUCUCUUGGCGUGGUACUGCGUGAGACUUAUAUGCCGUUGUUAGCGUUGGGUCGCCUGCCCACUCUGCCACAACUUGGCCUUCACCACAUACGAGCUCUCAUGCCCACGCCCACAUUCACACUGCUGGCACACUCAUGGCGGAAGAUUCGCAUCAUUUAUGCCGGUGCAUAUUCGAUAGAAGUGGGCAUACGAGGCGGAAAUACAGUUACAAUUCGAGAUGGUUCUUAUUCUAAGUUCGACAGAUGUUCCGUCGUCGAUGAAUUUGCUCCUGCACAAGGUUUAAAGACUUUCUUGUCGCGAUACGUCGAUGACAACAUCAGUGCGAGACUCUUAGCGGAGGACGAUAACCCUCCAUCACCGAUGUCACCGAUGCCACCAGGCGGUCUUCGUUUCCCCGCCCCGCUGACUCCUCCUCAGCCGCACACGCCGCACUCAGCGCCUGUGACACCACACCCGGCCUCUCCCGCACAACAUCAGAUGGGCGGUGGAUCAUUCAACCUGACGUCACCUCCAGGUGGUGCGGGCGGCUCGGCUGGUGGUAGCGCGGGGGCCGCGGGUGUCUCAGCGUCCCCGGCCUCCCCUAUGGCUCCCUCUCCCUUAGCGCCGGUCGCUUCUCCCCAUCCUCCUCCUACGUCCCCGUUUACCGCCUGGCCCGCCUCGCCCUCCCUACCGCGUCCCUCGCCUGGACAUCACCCCUCGCCCAGGCAUCAUAUAGAACACAAGGCGGGUCCACAAGCGAGUUCGUCUACGGCUGUACGGAGUGGAUGGAGGUCGGGUCUGUCGCCGGGCACACCGCUGGCCGUUGGCAAGUUAGAGGUUCUUUGUACACCAUCCGAGCCUCCCCCAGGGGCGCCACCUGGACCACCUCUGGCACCGCUGCAACGCUUCCUCGCCUGUCAGUAUAUGAAACGGACGCUGCAACGUUUUGUACAUCAGGAAGAGUUUUUAACGCUCGUGUCCGUGGACGCGCUGUCACUCACGUUCAGGUGUGAGGGCGCGGGGCUGGCGGCGCGCGUCGCCCUUCAUCCACAACACAUGCAGUCCUUACACUUGCAGUUGACGCCUCUUCCAGACCAUAAAGACAACUGGUCCGCUGACGACCUACAGGUAAUGGAGAAGUUUUUCGACGUUCGUGUGGCGAUCGCUCCGUAUCGCGCGACAGCGCUGCAGGGCUGGGGCCGCGCCUGGGGAGCACCGGGCGCAGCGCUGCCGUCGCUGGUGGCGUUGAUGAGGGCAGAAUUGGUCCCCGUGGCACCCGCCCUGUGGACGUUACAGUGGGCGCUGCGCAUCCCGCCCGCUGGACCGCAGAUAGUACCGGCCGGACAACCCGCCGUCCUACUCGCCAAACAUAAAAUACUGUUCUUCAUUUGCUUGACUCGCGGUGACACCCAACUCGUAUUACCGCUGGUGUAUGACAUGCAGUCGAACGUUAUACAGAUAGCUGAACGAAGAGACGCACAGCAGCCGCAUCUGAUUGCUGUAAAUUUACAUCUCAAAAGGUUCGCUGAGUUCAACCAGUCUCACGGCGAGUGUAUCCUGUGGCCGGCCGUCCGAGACCUCUUGAUCAACUUCACCCUGCCGCAGGACGCGCCCGCACCCACCGCGGCCCCGCCCACCUAG